UGUGCGGGGCCGUGUCCGCGGAGCGCGGUGUGUGCGGGGCCGUGUGUGCGGGGUCCGCCCGCCCGCCGUGCCCUGCAUGGCCGCCCCGCAGCGCUGAGCCGGGGAAGGCGGUGCCGGCGGCGUUCCCGCGGCGCUCCCGCGGCUCUCCCGCAGCAUGGCGCGGGGCGGCGGGCGGCUGCAGCCCCGGGCCGCCGCUGCUGCCCCGGGCCGGGGGAGCCGGGGGCCGCUCGGCCUCCUGUGCCUGGCGCUGCUGGGUGCGCUGGGCGCCGCCGAGGCGGAGUUCUCCAUCCUGGACGAGGCGCAAGUCCUGGCCAGCCAGAUGAGGAAACUCGCCACCGAGGAGCUGAGGGUCGUCACCAUGCAGAGGAUAUUCAACUCCUUUGUGUACACAGAGAAAAUAUCGAAUGGAGAAAGUGAAGUUCAACAGUUGGCAAAAAAAAUUAGAGAAAAAUUUAACCGUUACUUGGAUGUUGUGAAUCGUAACAAGCAAGUAGUGGAAGCAUCAUACACUGCCCAUCUCACAUCACCCUUGACUGCCAUCCAAGACUGCUGUACUAUUCCACCAUCUAUGAUGGAAUUUGAUGGAAAUUUCAACACCAACGUUUCCAGGACCAUCAGCUGUGACAGACUUUCAACCACUGUCAACAGCAGAGCCUUCAACCCUGGACGGGACUUAAAUUCUGUUCUUGCUGAUAACCUGAAGUCUAACCCAGGAAUUAAAUGGCAGUAUUUCAGCUCAGAAGAAGGGAUUUUCACUGUUUUCCCAGCCCACAAGUUCCGGUGCAAAGGCAACUACGAACACCGCAGCAGGCCCGUCUAUGUCUCGACUGUCCGCCCUCAGUCCAAGCACAUCGUUGUCAUCGUGGACCAUGGGGCCUCUGUCACAGAGACACAGCUCCAGAUUGCCAAGGAUGCUGCCCAGGUCAUCCUGAGCUCCAUAGAUGAACAUGACAAGAUCUCUGUGUUGACCGUGGCAGACACAGUCAGGACCUGCUCCCUGGAUCAGUGCUAUAAGACAUUCCUGUCUCCUGCCACCAGUGAGACAAAGAGGAAGAUGUCCACCUUCGUUAGCAGUAUAAAGUCAUCUGACAGCUCCACACAGCACGCUGUGGGAUUCCAGAAGGCUUUCCAGUUGAUUCGGAACACGAACAAUGGCACAAAACUCCAAGGAAAUACUGACAUGGUCAUCAUUUAUCUCUCAGCUGGGAUUACAUCAAAAGACUCCUCUGAAGAUGAUAAAAAAGCUACUCUACGUGUCAUCAACGAAGAGAACAGUUUCCUCAAUAACUCAGUCAUGAUUCUUACUUAUGCUCUUAUGAAUGAGGGGGUGACAGGGUUGAAGGAACUGGCCUUUCUGAGGGACCUGGCAGAGCAGAACUCGGUGAAAUAUGGGGUGCCAGACAGAACAGCCCUUCCUGUGACCAAGGGCAGCAUGAUGGUCCUAAACCAGCUGAGCAACCUGGAGACCACAGUUGGGAGGUUCUACACCACUCCCAACCGGAUGAUCGACGAGGCCGUUUUCAGUCUGCCCUUCUCAGAUGAAAUGGGAGAUGGAUUGAUAAUGACUGUCAGCAAACCAUGUUACUUUGGGAACCUGCUGCUGGGGAUUGUUGGAGUGGAUGUUAAUCUCGCCUAUAUCUUGGAAGACGUCACCUAUUACCAAGACUCCUUGGGUUCCUACACAUUCCUCAUUGAUAAUAAAGGCUACACUCUGAUGCACCCAUCCCUGACCAGGCCCUACCUGCUCUCUGAGCCCCCUCUCCACACGGAUAUUAUCCAUUAUGAGAACAUCCCCAAAUUUGAGCUGGUGCGCCAGAACAUCCUCAGCAUUCCCCUGGGCAGCCAGAUCAUCACAGUUCCUGUGAACUCCUCACUGUCUUGGCAUGUCAACAAGCUGAGAGAGAUCGGAAAAGAAGCCUAUAAUGUCAGCUAUGCCUGGAAAAUGGUCCAGGACACGUCCUUUAUCCUGUGUGUGGUGGUGAUACAGCCAGAAAUCCCUGUUAAGCAGCUGAAGAACCUCAACACAGUGCCCAGCAGCAAACUGCUCUAUCACCGGCUGGACCUGCUGGGCCAGCCCAACGCCUGCCUGCACUUCAAGCAGCUGGCCACCCUAGAAAGCCCUACAGUGAUGCUCUCUGCAGGCAGCUUCUCCUCCCCCUACGAGCACCUGAGCCAGCCCGAGACGAAGCGGAUGGUGGAGCACUACACGGCCUAUCUGAGCGACAACACACGGCUCAUCGCCAACCCCGGCCUCAAGUUCUCUGUCAGGAAUGAAGUAAUGGCAACCAGUCACGGCACCGAUGAAUGGAUGACACAGAUGGAGAUCAGUGGCCUCAACAGUUACAUUGUGCGCCGUUACAUAGCAACCCCCAAUGGGGUGCUCCGCAUUUACCCCGGCUCCCUCAUGGACAAAGCAUUUGAUCCCACCAGGAGACAAUGGUACUUGCAUGCAGUGGCUAAUCCAGGACUGAUUACCUUUACUGGGCCCUACUUGGAUGUUGGAGGGGCUGGUUAUGUUGUUACCAUCAGCCACACAGUCCAUUCCUCCAGUGCACAGAUGUCCUCAGGACAUUCAGUGGCAGUGAUGGGCAUUGACUUCACCCUGAGAUACUUCUACAAAGUUCUCAUGGACCUGCUGCCUGUUUGUAACCAAGAUGGGGGGAACAAAAUCAGGUGCUUCAUCAUGGAGGACAGGGGAUACCUCGUGGCACAUCCCACCCUCAUUGAUCCCAAAGGACACGCGCCCGUGGAGCAGCAGCACAUCACACACAAGGAGCCUCUGGUAGCAAACGACAUCCUGAACCACCCAAACUUCGUCAAGAAAAACCUCUGCAACAGCUUCAGUGACAGGACAGUUCAGCGGUUUUAUAAAUUCAAUACCAGCUUAGUGGGUGACCUGACAAACCUUGUGCACGGCAGUCACUGCUCCAAGUACAGGCUGACAAGGAUCCCAGGCACCAAUGCCUUCGUGGGAAUCGUCAAUGAGACCUGUGACUCUCUGGCUUUCUGUGCCUGCAGCAUGGUGGACAGGCUCUGUCUCAACUGCCACAGGAUGGAGCAGAACGAGUGUGAGUGUCCCUGUGAGUGCCCACUGGAGGUGAACGAGUGCACCGGCAACCUGACCAACGCCGAGAGCAGGAACCCGAGCUGUGAAGUCCAUCAGGAGCCCAUGACGUUCACAGCCAUCGACCCGAGCCUGCAGGAUGCCCUCCCACAGUGUAUCAACACCCAGUGCAACCAGAGGACAGAGAGUGGGGAUUGCUUUGGAGUGUUGGACUGCGAGUGGUGUAUGGUGGACAGCGAUGGGAAGACCCACCUGGACAAGUCCUACUGUGCCCCUCAGAAGGAGUGUUUUGGUGGCAUUGUGGGAGCCAAGAGCCCGUACGUGGAUGACUUGGGAGCAAUAGGAGAUGAAGUCAUCACUCUGAACAUGAUCAAGAGUGCCCCAGUGGGCCCAGUGGCUGGGGGCAUUAUGGGCUGCAUCAUGGUGCUCGUCCUGGCCGUGUACGCGUACCGGCACCAGAUCCACCGCCGGAGCCACCAGCACAUGUCCCCGCUGGCUGCCCAGGAAAUGUCAGUGCGUAUGUCCAACCUGGAAAAUGAUAGGGACGAGAGGGACGAUGACAGCCAUGAAGACAGAGGAAUCAUCAGCAACACGCGGUUCAUCGCGGCGGUGAUCGAGCGCCACGCGCACAGCCCUGAGCGCCGGCGACGCUACUGGGGCCGAUCCGGCACCGAGAGUGACCACGGCUACAGCACGAUGAGCCCUCAGGAGGACAGCGAGAACCCUCCGUGCAACAACGACCCGCUGUCGGCCGGCGUUGACGUCGGGAACCACGAUGAAGACCUGGACCUGGACACCCCCCCUCAGACAGCCGCCCUGCUGAGCCACAAGUUCCACCACUACCGGUUGCACCACCCAACCCUCCACCACAGCCACCACCUGCAGGCUGCGGUCACGGUACACACUGUGGAUGCCGAGUGCUGAUGGCCGAUGGCACGAGGGACAGGACCGCUGAGCAGCUCAGGGGCUGUACUGCUCCCCUGGGACAACUUCACUGACUUCCCCAGUAAACUUAGGCAUCAGAGCUUUACAUUUUUAUAAAUGUAAGGUUGGCUCUGAACUGGAGACGUGCUUGAUGAAUGGACCUGCCAAAACAUUGAAUGGAAUGGAGCAGGAGGCACGUUAGACCUCCAGGAGCGGGGCCGUGAGUUUAUACAGCAGCUGGAGCUUUGUGCUGAGCCAAGAGGAGAGAGAGAGCGCUUAAAAGAGCCAGAGAUGAUUUGGUUUCCUUAACUGGAAGAGCAGAAAUCUCUGCAGCUGAAGGCUACAGAAGUGCCAGACAGAGCGGGGGGAGGGCUGUUGGUUUCUCUGCGCGUGGAAAGUUCCCUGCUCCAACAUUGCUGUAUGGAACCUGGGACAAUGCAUCUCAAGAUUUUUAAGUAAAGGAUUAUUUUUCUACUAUUUAUUGAACUUCAAACUUUGGGGGGAGGGAGGGGAGAAACCUGUUAGCAAUUCUCAACAGGCACCACAUGCAUCCUGUGAUGGUGAAGUGGUUCUUCUAAAGGAGACACAUCUGUUCCUUAUUAGCUGAUGUUCAUCCAGUGCCCCACUCUGCAAUGGGAAAAUGAAGAAGUCCUUUCUGACUCAGUGUUUACAUUAGGAAUGCUUUCUUUUCCACAAUGGUUUUCUGUAAAUAUUCCAACCUGAUUCUUAUUACAGUAUUGUCUUCCGAUUUGCAGAGGAGAAAUCCUGUACUCCAUAACUAAAAUUCUGAGAGUUCUGCCCAUAAAUCUCUCCAGCUUUACCUCUUUGAUCAUCCUUAAAGGAAUCCUGUGUGGAAGUAAUAAAGAAUUUAUUUAGCAUUAGUUGCCAGAUAAUCCCAGAUGGAAUCUGUGCCAUUCUCCUGUUUCUUUAGGACACUGUUGAGACCAGAAGUAGGGAUAAACCAGUGUUUUGUAGAACUUGGGUUACUGUGGAAGAAAUCUUGAAAUCAUCAUGAGAAGCUGCUGCUGUUUGUCUGGAAUUUUAACAUUGCUUGGUAAUUCAAACAAAGAUUAAUCAAUGUCUACAACACAGGGCAUCGUAAUUAUGAAUUAGUUUGAAAUCAGUGUUGUAUUUUAGAUUCACAUUUUGUGAUUAUGAGGAUAUAAAAACACUCUUGCACUGUGCAUAUGAUAAACAUCCAUUUAUAUGUAGGUUUUUUUUAAAAAUCACUUGUUUUAAUUAAUAUGGUACUUAAUACUGUAUUAUGUAAAAAUUGGUUCUUAAACAGUACAGUAAAAUAACUAUAUGUGUGAUACCAGGAUACCCCUUUAUACUAUGUAUAAAAUUAAAAUCUCUAGUGAAAUAAACUGUAUAUAAAGUAUAGAUCUGUGAA